AUGGCGGCGGCGGCGACGGCAGCGGCUGACGCGGGGCCGGGGAUCGCGGUCCCCGUGGACCUGCGGCGCGAGCGGCGCAUGGUGUGCGUAGAGUACCCAGGCGUGGUGCGCGACGUGUCCAAGAUGCUGCGGACUCUGGGCGGCGAGGAGGGCGUUUCCCGGAUCUACGCAGACCCCACCAAGAGGCUGGAGCUGUACUUCCGGCCCAAGGACCCUUACUGCCACCCAGUGUGCGCCAACCGCUUCAGUACCAGCAGCCUGCUGCUCCGGAUCAGGAGGAAGACCAGGCGGCAGAGGGAGGUGCCGGGGCCUGAGCCCCACCCCGAGGUCACAUUUGACAUAGAGAUACUUGGCACCAUCUCCACCAUUUACAAAUUUCAAGGAAUGUCCGACUUCCAGUACUUGGCUGUGCACACGGAGGCUGGCGGCAGGCACAUGUCCAUGUAUGACAAAGUGCUCAUGCUCAAGCCUGAGAAGGAGAGUUUCUUCCACCAAGAGCUGCCGCUCUACAUCCCCCCACCCAUCUUCUCUCGGCUGGACACCCCAGUGGACUAUUUCUAUCGACCAGAGACGCAGCACCGGGAAGGCUACAACAACCCCCCCGUCUCAGGUGAGAACCUGAUUGGCCUGAGCAGGGCCCGGCGCCCCCACAACGCCAUCUUUGUCAACUUUGAGGAUGAUGAGGUGCCCACGCAGCCGCUGGAGGCUGCAGUCCAGACGUGGAGGAGGAUCUCCACCAACCCCAUGGACCGGAAGGUGGAGGAGGAGCUGAGGAAGCUGUUUGAAAUCCGUCCCAUCUGGUCACGAAACGCUGUCAAGGCCAACAUCAGCGUCCACCCUGACAAACUCAAGGUUUUGCUGCCCUUCGUGGCCUAUUACAUGAUAACAGGUCCCUGGAGAAGCCUGUGGAUCCGAUACGGGUACGAUCCCCGAAAAAACCCAGACGCCAAGAUUUAUCAAGUCCUUGAUUUCCGAAUCCGUUGUGGAAUGAAAUACGGUUAUGCCCCGAGUGACAUGCCCGUCAAGGCCAAGCGCAGCACCUACAACUACAGCCUUCCCAUCACCGUCAAAAAGAUGCCCAGCCAGCUUGUCACCAUGCAUGACCUAAAGCAGGGCCUGGGCCCAUCGGGGAUGGCCAGCACGCGAAAAUCGACCUCCAACAAGUACAAGCUCAAGGACUCGGUCUACGUCUUCCGGGAGGGGGCCUUGCCACCCUAUCGACAGAUGUUCUACCAGUUAUGUGACUUGAACGUGGAAGAGUUGCAGAGGAUCAUUCACCGCAACGACGGGGCUGAGAACUGCUGCACGGAGCGAGAUGGCUGGUGCCUCCCCAAGACCAGUGAUGACCUGAGGGACACGAUGUCCCUCAUGAUCCGGCAGACCAUCCGCUCCAAGAGGCCUGCUCUCUUCUCCAGCCCGGCCAAGGCCGACAGGGGGCAAGAGCCCCUGACGUACGAGUCAGGGGCCGAGGAGGAGGAGGAGGAAGAGGAGGAGGAGGACUUCAAGCCGUCCGAUGGCAGCGACAAUGAGAUGGAGACGGAGAUUCUGGACUACGUGUGA